AUGAUGAUUACCAACAUUUAUGUUAUCACAGCUAUCGCGGUGAUUGGGGGCUCGCUAUUCGGCUUUGACCUAUCCUCGAUGUCUGCAAUCCUUUCGACCAAACAAUAUAGAUGCUAUUUUAAUCAGGGACCUAAUGGUCCCCCAUUCAAUGACGCCACCCACUGUUCGGGUCCAAGUUCUACGCUACAAGGUGGAAUCACAGCCUCUAUGUCUGGAGGUUCUUUCAUUGGGGCAUUGAUCUCGGGGUUCCUUACUGAUAUAUUCGGCCGAAAAUCUGCUAUUCAAAUGGGAUCUGUCAUAUGGAUUAUCGGAAGUACACUCUGUUCUGCCUCUCAGAAUGUCACCAUGUUAAUCGUGGGUCGAUUCAUCAACGGCCUUUGUGUUGGAAUAUGCUCAGCGCAAGUUCCUGUGUAUGUUGGGGAGCUCGCGCCUCCUCAUCUUAGGGGUUUAGUAAUGGGUGCUCAGCAAUGGGCCAUCACAUGGGGUGUUUUGAUCAUGUUUUAUAUAUCCUACGGCUCGUCCUUCCUCACAGGCCCCGUGGCUUUUCGGCUGCCUUGGGGUCUUCAGAUGAUUCCCGCAAUUUUCCUCUUCUUUGGUUUAUUGUUUACCCCCGAGUCUCCACGAUGGUUGGCAAAGAAAGAUCGCUGGGAGGAAUGCUGUCACGUUAUUUCUUCUAUUCAUGCGAACAACAACCUAGAUGACGAGUUUAUCCAGAUGGAGAUCCAGCAGCUCAAAGAUGCCUGUGAAUUAGAACGCGACAUGACCGAUGACACUUACUUUGAUCUGUUCCGGCCGCAUAUGAUUUGGCGGACGCACAUCGUCGUCUUCGUCCAGAUAUGGUGUCAACUAACUGGAAUUAACGCCAUUCUGUAUUACAUUACAUAUAUCUUUGGAAUGGCAGGUCUCAGUGGCAGUUCCAAUCUGGUGGCUUCAUCCAUCAGCUCUGUGAUCAACGUGGUUAUGACAGUACCAGCGCUUCUCUUCAUGGAUCGGAUCGGGCGUCGCCCAUUACUCAUAGGCGGUAGUAUCUCUCUUACUAUCUGGUGGACUAGUUGGUUGAUCACAGGAGCUCCUGCCAAGGUUGUUAUUGCUUGCUCCUAUCUCAUUGUGGCCUCUUUCGCCCCAACAUGGGGUCCUAUUGAGUGGGUGUAUCCAUCAGAACUGUUCCCCCUGCGUCUGCGAGGCAAGGCCGCUGCAUUGUCUACAGCCAGCAAUUGGGCAUUCAAUUUUGCUCUAAGCUAUUUCAUUCCGCCCGCUUUUGUCAACAUCACUUGGAAGACCUAUAUUAUUUUUGCCGUGUUCGCUUUCGCCAUGACCCUUCACGUUUUCUUCGUUUUUCCUGAGACAUCAGGCAGGACACUCGAGGAAGUUGAAGAUGCAUUCAAGGGUGUUAAGCUAGCUUGGAGAAUGGGAGAAGGCAAAUUUCAGGAUGAGGAGAGAACGGUCAAUCAUGAGACGAGGCAAAAAGAAAUUGGAGAGGCUAUGCAUGUUGAGGAUGCUCUAGAAUCCAUCUAG